UCUCUUUCCUUUUCCAUUUUGUCGUAUAAGAUAAAGUCAUGUUUGGUUUGUCAAGUUAUUGGUAGAGGAGUUGGUUUCUCAUGCACCUCCUCUCCCUCACUCUUUUCACAUUCUUUCUUCACUUCAUUUCAUACCCUUCUUUUUAAAGGAUCAUCAUCAUAUAAAUAAACCCAAAUCACAAAAUAAAAAAGGGAAAAAAAAAAGAUUCAAUCUUUUUUAUCUUUCUUUCCUCAAUCAGAGUAAAAAAAAAUGGCAAGUCGGAGAAUUUCAUCUCUGUUAUCUCGUUCAUUGUCCACUUAUCUUAGCUCUCCUGCUGGGAGGAGCUCAUGUGUAAGGAGGGGACUUCAAAGAUACAGCACUGCUGCUGCCAUUGAUGAACCAAUUACCCCACCAGUGGAAGUAAAUUAUACAAAGCUUCUAAUUAAUGGCCAAUUUGUAGACGCAGCAUCAGGGAAAACUUUUCACACAGUGGACCCUCGGACUGGGAAUGUGAUUGCUGAUGUUGCUGAAGGAGAUGCCGAAGAUGUGAACAGAGCAGUGUCUGCUGCUCGCAAGGCAUUCGAUGAAGGACCAUGGCCGAAGAUGACUGCUUAUGAAAGGUCAAGAAUCCUGCUGAGAGGUGCUGAUCUAAUUGAAAAGCAUAAUGAUGUGAUAGCUGCACUAGAAACAUGGGAUAACGGGAAGCCUUAUGAGCAAUCUGCGAAAGUUGAAAUACCAAUGCUUGUUCGACUUUUCCGGUACUAUGCUGGUUGGGCUGAUAAGAUACAUGGUCUCACUUGUCCUGCUGAUGGACCAUAUCAUGUGCAGACCCUGCACGAACCGAUUGGUGUAGCAGGGCAGAUCAUUCCGUGGAACUUUCCCCUCCUUAUGUUUGCCUGGAAGGUCGGACCUGCCUUAGCAUGUGGUAAUUCAGUUGUUCUAAAGUCAGCAGAACAGACUCCUUUAUCUGCACUUUAUGUGGCUAAUCUACUUCAUGAGGCUGGACUCCCUCCAGGUGUUCUGAAUGUGAUUUCUGGUUUUGGCCCAACUGCUGGUGCAGCUCUCUGCUCUCACAUGAAUGUUGACAAGCUUGCUUUUACUGGAUCAACUAGCACUGGAAAACUAGUUCUUGAAUUAGCAGCAAAAAGCAAUCUGAAGCCUGUUACUUUGGAGCUUGGUGGGAAGUCUCCAUUUAUCAUAUGUGAAGAUGCAGAUAUAGAUGAAGCAGUGGAGACUGCUCAUUUUGCUCUCUUUUUCAAUCAGGGACAAUGUUGCUGUGCUGGGUCACGUACCUUCGUCCAUGAAAAUGUAUAUGAUGAAUUUGUUGAGAAAGCAAAGCUGCGAGCAGCAAAUAGAUCUGUCGGUGAUCCAUUUAAGCAGGGGAUCGAACAAGGUCCACAGAUUGAUCCGGAGCAGUUCAAUAAGAUUUUGCGGUAUAUAAAAUCUGGUGUUGAAAGUGGAGCUACCCUGGAAACUGGAGGGGACAAAAUAGGCUCCAAGGGCUACUACAUUAAGCCCACAGUUUUCUCAAAUGUUACGGAUGACAUGUUGAUAGCACAAGAUGAAAUCUUCGGUCCCGUGCAAUCUAUCUUGAAAUUCAAGAGCAUAGAUGAGGUGAUACGUCGAGCAAAUGCAUCUGAUUAUGGGCUGGCCGCUGGAGUUUUCACUAAGAACAUCGAUACUGCUAACACUAUAUCACGCGCUCUUAAAGCUGGUACGGUGUGGAUAAACUGUUACGAUGUUUUUGAUGCUGCAAUCCCUUUCGGCGGGUACAAAAUGAGUGGGAUUGGUAGAGAGAAGGGAGUUUACAGCUUAAAUAACUACUUGCAAGUGAAGGCCAUUGUCACUCCCUUGAAGAAUCCAGCCUGGUUGUAGACAGUACAAGUUAUUCUCUUUUCUUAUAAUAAGAGGUGUAGCUUAAGCUAUAUAUGCUCCUUUUUUUCUUUUUUUUCUUUUUUUUCUUUUUCAAUCUCUUAGUGAUUUUCCCAUCAUUUUUACUUACAUUGAUGGUGAAUGAUGAUGAUGAUGAUUGUGAUGAUGCUGAUAACUGUGAUAAGAUCCUUAUCUAGAACAUUGCAAGUUGAUAAAUUUGGUUGUUAGCAAUGCAUAGUUCUUUAAACUGUAAUGUGUGGCUAUUACUUAUUCAUAACAUCCGUUUUUGCAGCCUA